AUGAACGAUAUAGGCAUUAAAAUAGUGGAAUCUCCUAAAGAUCGGUUGUUGGGAGCCGAUGUGUCUCCCACGCCGGAAGUAGAGAAUGAAAAUGAAGUUGAUCCUUUGUCGAUUGAUGAUGAUGUGAAGGACCCAUUGGUUGUAGUAGACGUUAAAACUGAACGUGAGGACAACUGUGAUGACAAUGCCAAAGAAGAGCUUGUAAGUGAGAUACAGAAUAAAGACAGUGAUACUUUACAAGCAACUGAAACAGUCAAAGAUACUAUAAAAGAAGAUCCGAUCAAGGUGCCCGAAGAAAAUAUUACUGUAGAGCUCAAUAAUGAUCAUAAACAAGAAGAACAGAUCCUAGAUGAAACAGAGCAGCCCUUAGUCAUAGAUAUUAAGGAGCCAGAUCCCACACCUAUUGAAGUCAAAGAUAGUCCUAAGGAAGUAAUUGAAGUGGAAAAAGAACCUGAUGUGGAAAUGACAGAUGUCCAGCUGGUUGAAAAGUCAGAAAAAGAAAAAGUUGUGCAUACUAUAAAUGGUGAUGUAACUAAGGAGGAACAAGCAACGAAAAGACGUUCUAGUGAAGAGAUUGACACAGAAUCGCCUCUGAAAAAGCUGUGUGCUGAAGUAGAGAAAACUUUUCCACAACAUGACAUUAUGAUAAAUGACUAUAUACAGACAGCCACCAAAAACAAUAUAGAUGAAAUACAAAGGCACACUGAACAGUUACUCUCAGAAAUCCAGACAUUAAGGGAACUGGCACAGAAAAAGGAACAUGAAUGGAACAACAUAUUACAUCUAAAGAAAGUUAAGGAGGAAAUUUUGUUAAGGCUCUUAAGGCGGAAACAAGUUUUGUCAUUCGAAAAAAGCGCAGACGUCAAUGGCUCUGAGAGAACUGACCCAUUUGACUAUCUCAAUCAGCCGAAGAACUUGGCGAUUGAUAAAAGUGAUGAGAUAUCAGGUCUUGCCAUCAAACAGCCAGGGUCUGCAAUGAAUCCUAUAAUACAACCACCUGUAAUGCCAGUUACUUCCCAUUUCAAUCCCAUGUCAGGGUUGCCACCUCCGUACGAUAAAGCUGCUCAUAUGCAAUCUAUGCCGAAGCCAGUGUAUCCCCAAGCUAUGAUGAUGCCAGGUCCUAUGCCAGGGUUUCCCCGGGAUAUGAAUGGGCAACUACCCUCAAGCUUUGGUAUGCCAAUGGGUCGUCAAGGACCUACUAAAGAUGUGAAGUCAAUAAUAGCGGACUAUAGGCAAAGAAACCCCGAAAUAACGCCAAGACGCGGGAGAAGGAUGAAAUCUAUAGUGAAUCCCAAUAUGUUGAACACUCCUCGCCCGAUAGCGCCCAAAGUCGAUAGUAUGAACAAUUUAAGCAAUCUCAACAUGCUCUUCAAUAAUUUGGAUAUGAAUCAAAAAGCAAUGUUAGAACGGCUUCAACAGAUACAAGCCGGUGGUCUUCCAAACGGCCUCUCCUUUAAAGAUGUGCUCGUACAAUUUGCGAACAUGCAGCAAAAUACUCUCAUGCCAACUAGACCGGUAGAAACCUUGAACAGACCUGAUCACCAUGUAAGACCUGAUGGAAGAAGACGACAGGAGAGGAACGAAGAACCCCACAUGUCAAAACAAGCUGAAAGAGUAGCGGCUUCCAGUCCUAGGCUGCCACCCCCACCUCCGUACCCUGAAAUAUCUCUCCUUCCCGUCACAACCAGUCAAGAAACACAAUCUCAACAGAACUCAUUGCUACACGGCAUAUUGACAAAGCAGGCGCCCGCGUCUCAGAGUUACUCGUCGACGUUGGCUAAACUGCUCACGUCGCCCGAACGGAAACAGAGCGCGCCACUGCCGUUCGGUCAGGCCAAGAAUUGCGGCGAGAUCACAAUUACGCCGGUGCAGCCCGCCCAGCCUGAACCACAGCCAGAGAAAGCUGAAGUUGUACAACUGGAGGAAGAAGAGAGCGGUGCAUCAGAAGAAUCCGCGGGAUCGGGUGCAUCGGGUGCGUCCGGUGCGUCGGGUGCAUCGGGUGCGUCUGGUGCGUCGGGCGCCAGCGGGCGGCUGGUGAUCGACGAGGGCGGCGACGACGCGCCCACGUGCCAGGGCUGCCGCGCGCGCCUCGCGCAGUUCGUGUGCGCCGGCUGCGCCAACCAGUGGUACUGCUCGCGGGACUGUCAGGUUGCGGCCUGGGAUGAACACUCAGAAAUGUGCUCGGGC